GACAGAUAGAAAGAAAUAUAUAAAAAAAGUGUACACAGACCAUUUAAAUGCUUAACUAUUUGUUUUCUCUCUUUUUCUUCUUAUUCUGCUCUGAGAAAUGAUGGAUCCUAAAAAACUUCUUCAUACUUUUAUCGACAAUCAAUCAAUUGAACUUGUGUCCAUUAUAGGGUCUGGUUCUUAUGGCAUAGUAUAUUUGGGACGCUAUGUUUACACCAGUCGUUAUUAUGCUGUCAAAUGUGUAAGGGACAACAACAUUACUCAAAACGAAAUAAAAGUUCACUCUGUCCUUUCUGGUCAUACAAAUAUUUUAUCUCUGGAAAAAGCGGUUAAAGAAAACCAACAUGUUUUUAUCAUCAUGGAAUAUGCAGCUUAUGGAGACUUGUUCUCCAGUAUCACACAGCCAAAUUCAUUCGAACAUAUCAUUGACAAAACAAAAGUGAUUCGCCACCUUUUCCUGCAAAUUUUAGAUGCAGUGCAGCAUUGUCAUCGCAACUUGAUAGCCCACCGUGACCUAAAGCCUGAAAAUAUUUUGCUUGUCUCAAACAAUCGUAUCAAAUUAGCUGAUUUUGGUCUAAGUACUUGUCAACUUGUUUCUAAACAAUUCAAUUGUGGCUCCUUGUUUUACUUUUCUCCAGAAUGUCAGGGUAAACGCAUUGUUGAUUCAAACAGAGAAGAGCCUGUUGAUGAUUAUGAUACAUUUGCAAAUGAUGUGUGGAGCUUGGGAGUUAUAUUGAUCAAUUUGGUCUUUGGACGAAAUCCUUGGAAGCAAGCUACCUUAAAAGAUAGCGCGUUUGCUUCUUAUGUCAAGCACCCAUGUCACUUCUUUCGUACUUUGUUUCCAACCAUCUCAAGAGGCCUAGAUCGAAUCUUAAUACGAACCUUUUGCCUUGAUCCCUCUAAAAGAAUUACACUAUCUGAACUUCAAAACAUGAUACUGACAUGCCACUCGUUUACUACUUUAACAUCAAAAGACGAAACACCAACCAAACUAAUCACACCUCCACCAUCUUUGCAUUCUUUAUCAGAACAGAAAAUCCAACUUGAGUUUACAGAUUCUUUUGAAAGCACAAUGAUAGCAUAUAUUGGUGAUUAUGCAGAUGAUAUUGAUGAUCUCCCCCAGCAAGAAUCACUAAGCCAAAAUGAUAGUCUCAUCACGGGAUUGGACUUACUUGUUCCUCCUAAUAAAAGUGCCAUAUGCAAGCAAGAACAAGAUUGCUUUAAUCCAAAAUACUUGCUAUAACAUAGACCAACUCUAAUCUAUUUAAAAAUUAUACCUGUUACUACUAUCUAAUAUUAAUAAACAUAUGCAACACAGUAUUCACGCAUGUAAAUCAAAUAAAGGGAGGGCAGGUAAUUCAUUUA